CCUUGUUAUAAAAAAGCUACUGAAGUAAUCAUGGUAAGAAGUAUUUAUUUUAUCGUUACCAUAUCCAUUGUAGCUAGUGCUACAGCUUCUUAUGUGUGUGAACCUGAAACCUGUGAUCCGGGGACGGAACAUACUUUGUGUUUAUACGAUGGAGGCCUAGGUGAGGCUUGCCACGGAGUAUACAGUAAUUUUUUGAGUGAAGAGCAACAGCAAGCGGUUCUUGAUGCUCACAAUGAUUACAGAGCAUUAGUAGCAAGUGGUGGUGAAAAACGUGGACUUACAGGACCACAGCCCGCAGGUGAAAUCCCUCCUCUACAAUGGGAUGAGGAGUUGGCUAUGAUAGCCCAAGUAUAUGUCAAUCAGUGUCUAAAUGGUCAUUCCGCUUGCGACGACGUUGAUCGUUUUAAGGUCAAUCAGAACAUAGCUUUUAAGUCGAAAAGUGACAAGUACGUCGAAGACAUUACUGAUAUGUUGGAUCAGUGGACCGCAGAAGCUGCAAACUAUGACGGUAAUUACGUUAAUGACAUGCAGGAAGAAACAGAUGGUAAAAAAAUUUAUCACUACACCCAAUUGGUUUGGGCUGACACUCAAUAUGUUGGCUGCGGUGUUUUGAAUUGGCAAGAAGACAAUGGCUGGUACAGUACCAGGUUGCUCUGCAAUUAUGGACCCGGUGGAAACUACCCAGGUCAACCUAUUUAUCCAACCGAUUGA